UCUGUCAUGAUGGAAAGGUUUGCCAACCAAUUGAAGGGAAGAGCGGUUACAGUAGGCGAGCUUCCUUCUCUAACUGGAAGGACCGGGGCGCCGGACGGAUGGGUGCGGACUGCGAACUGAGAGCUUGAGUGAUGCUGCGGGUCAGCUUCUUUCUGCUCCUCAUUAAUGUAUGAAGCUGUUCUGAGGAAGAAGAUUAGAUGUUUCGACUUGGGUGUAUCGUACCCACUGUGACUGAACGCCACUCCCAUUAGUACACGGUAGUACCUCUGGGUUCUGGAAGUUGUGGACAGUCUGCUUCCAGCACCAGGGCCCAGUUUCUAAUGACUCAGAUUUUGAAAAUACAAACGAUCAAUUUCAAGUAACCAUAUGAUAUGCAUGGUGCAUUUGGAUUCGGGAAACUGGCUCUGAAGCUGUUUUGGAUACAAAAAUAUAAACUGGUUUUGCAGUUCUAGAACUGGAUUAUGUGGGUUUGGAGUCCUAACACUCAAUUACUUGGCUCUGCAAACAAACAAUGGGUUGUAUGGCUCAGAGCUAACGCUGGACUACUAGGUUCCGCUGAGCUAAUGCUGGACUACUAAGUUCCGCUGAGCUAACGCUGGACUACUAGGUUCCGCUGAGCUAACGCUGGACUACUAGGUUCCGCUGAGCUAACGCUGGACUACUAGGUUCCGCUGAGCUAACGCUGGACUACUAGGUUCCGCUGAGCUAACGCUGGACUACUAGGUUCCGCUGAGCUAACGCUGGACUACUAGGUUCCGCUGAGCUAACGCUGGACUACUAGGUUCCGCUGAGCUAACGCUGGACUACUAGGUUCCGCUGAGCUAACGCUGGACUACUAGGUUCCGCUGAGCUAACGCUGGACUACUAGGUUCCGCUGAGCUAACGCUGGACUACUAGGUUCCGCUGAGCUAACGCUGGACUACUAGGUUCCGCUGAGCUAAUGCUGGACUACUAGGUUCCGCUGAGCUAAUGCUGGACUACUAGGUUCCGCUGAGCUAACGCUGGACUACUAGGUUCCGCUGAGCUAACGCUGGACUACUAGGUUCCGCUGAGCUAACGCUGGACUACUAGGUUCCGCUGAACAAACGCUGGACUACUAGGUUCCCGCUGAGCUAACACUGAAAGGCAGGGUUCCGCAGACCUAACACUGAAAAGCAGGGUUCCGCAAAGCUGUCGCUAGAUGACUAGGUUCUGCAGAACUUAAGCUGGGCAUCUAGGUUCUGAAGAGCAUACACUGGAAGUCUGAGUUUGACAGACUUAUCACACUGGAUGGCUAGGUUCCAUAGAGCGAACACAUUGGACAGCUAGGGUACACAGAGCUAACACUGUGUUACUGGGCUCUGCUGAAUGAAACUAGGCUCUGGAGAACUAGCACUAUGACUAGGUCAUCUAUUGCAGCAGACAACAGAACAAACUGAACUGUCGAUUUACACCUAGCACUGGAUGAUCUGGUUUGUGAGGUCCAACACUGGAUUACCUGGCACUGCAAAAUCAACACUGGUUUUCUGACUUUUUUUAUAUUUUUAUUAUUACCAUUUAUUUAUAAAGCGCCAACAUAUUCCGCAGCGCUGUACUUUGCUGCAGGUCACUUGGUCCUAUAAACCUUAAACAGGGUCGUCUGUGUCUGCACACUUUGCACAAGGUCAUCAGUACCUGCAGAACCUGCCCUGGGUCACUUGUCUUUGAAGACCUUGCACUGGGUCACCUUCCUCCACUGAGCUUACAGUGUUUAAGUAGUGCAUAUGCUGAGCCAGCUGCGUUACACUGUGCCGCCUUGAUCUAAACCUGAUAUUAUUUUUGUUUUUACUUGAUAUUAUUUCUGCCAAUCCCAGCAGUGCAAAGGCACACAUUUGUCUAUUGAGGCUUCUCAGCCCCUAUGUUAUUAGGUACCUAGUAAUAAAAGUCUUAAAUUUUACCUCUUAAGUCUUAUAUGUAGAGCUAAAUCUCACAGUUGCUUUCUCUGAUAUACUUUCACAUUUAUUAGUCAGUGCAUGAGCACAAGGCUCUAAACCCUAAUCCUCCCCUAUGGAUCAGUUCAAUGGAGCCCCUCAGGUCUCUCCUCUCUUUGUCUGGCAGCAGCAAAACUACCUUUGGGGCAAAUAGGGGUGGUGGAAAUGCCUCAGCAUUACCAGUGCCAUUGGUUUCAGAGGACGAUGAAGAACAGGAGGAUAGAGGGAGUACUCCAACUAGACAGGAUUUUGUGGAAGAAGAGGAUGAUGGUGGAGGAUCUGGUAAAGAUGCUGGUUUCAUUGCAGAGCAGCCUUCCUCCUCCACAUCUAACCCUUUGUACUGGACAGCUGUGUUUGACUAUGAGGCAUCUGCAGAGGAUGAGCUGACCUUGCGUCUGGGUGACCUGGUGCAGGUUCUGUCCAAAGACUCUAGUGUGUCUGGCGAUGAGGGAUGGUGGACUGGAAAGAUCCAAGAUCGUGUGGGCAUUUUCCCCAGUAACUAUGUCACCAGGACACAAAGCUUCUCCAGCAAGCUACAGGGAAAGAGGGUAGAAGAACUCCCUUGCUACCCAGCCUCAGCUUUGCAAUUAGAAGAAAUAGACUUUUCAGAAAUGGUCUUGGAAGAAAUAAUUGGAAUUGGAGGUUUCGGGAAGGUGUACCGUGCCAUCUGGGGACAAGAGGAGGUGGCUGUGAAAGCUGCCCGUCAUGACCCUGAUGAAGAUAUUAGCCAGACUAUUGAGAAUGUCCGGCAAGAAGCCAAACUCUUUGCAAUGCUUGAUCACCCAAACAUCAUCGCUCUUAGAGGAGUUUGUUUAAAGGAGCCCAACCUGUGCUUGGUCAUGGAGUUUGCCCGAGGCGGAUCACUGAACAGAGUGCUAUCUGGGAAGAAGAUUCCCCCUGAUAUCCUGGUGAACUGGGCAGUACAGAUUGCCAGAGGAAUGAAUUACUUGCACAAUGAAGCCAUUGUUCCUGUUAUACAUCGUGAUCUCAAGUCCAGCAAUGUUUUAAUUCUACAAAUGGUAGAAAAUGGGGACCUAAGUAAAAAGAUACUGAAGAUUACAGACUUUGGCCUGGCAAGGGAGUGGCAUAGGACCACAAAGAUGAGUGCAGCUGGUACCUAUGCAUGGAUGGCACCUGAAGUAAUCCGUUCCUCUAUGUUCUCCAAGGGAAGUGAUGUAUGGAGCUAUGGAGUACUGCUGUGGGAGCUUCUAACUGGGGAGGUACCAUUCCGAGGGAUUGAUGGCCUGGCAGUUGCUUAUGGUGUUGCCAUGAAUAAAUUGUCCCUUCCAAUACCUUCAACAUGCCCUGAACCUUUUGCAAGGCUGAUGGAAGACUGCUGGAACCCUGACCCUCAUUGCCGCCCUCCAUUCACCAACAUAUUGUUCCAGCUUACCACCAUAGAGGAGUCUGGCUUCUUUGAGAUGCCCAAGGAAUCAUUCCAUUCACUGCAGGAAGAUUGGAAGCGGGAGAUCCAGGAGAUGUUUGAUCAGCUCAGGGCUAAAGAAAAGGAGUUGCGAAGCUGGGAAGAAGAACUGUCUCGGGCCGCCUUAGAACAGAAAAACCACGAAGAACUGCUUCGAAGGCGUGAGCAAGAGCUGGCCGAACGGGAGAUUGACAUCCUGGAACGGGAGCUGAACAUCAUCAUUCACCAACUGUGUCAGGAGAAACCCAAAGUGAAAAAACGAAAGGGGAAGUUCAAGAAGAACAAACUAAAGCUCAAGGAUGGCAAUAUUAUCAGCUUGCCUUCUGAUUUCCAACACAAAUUCACUGUUCAAGCUUCUCCAACCAUGGACAAAAGGAAGAGUUUGAUUAAUACAAAAUUCAGCCCCCCUGCAAGUCCAACAAUAAUCCCGCGGCUCCGAGCCAUACAGUUGACUCCUGGAGAUUCCAACAUAACAAAAAAUUGCAGCACUGCAGGCCUGAAGGAUGAAAGUGAAGAGGAUGAGAAGAAAGAGACCAAGAAAAAAGUCCGCACAUGGGCAUCAGGAGCACUGGGCAACAGAGACUCUGGAGCAGGAGAAGAAGGCCUCAGAGCUUCUGCAGAGGGAUUAAAGCCCUGUUCUUCUAAUACAUCAAACCAUGGGAAGCCCCUCCGAACUUCCUCGACACCUGGCUUCAAUGCUGUGACUGAAACAGGGGUGGAAAAUACUGCUGAUACGGCAAACCAGGCUGACUCAAAAGAGAGCCAUACUCCUACUCCCAACAAAUCCUACCUCUGCAUACCAUUCCAUAAAGGAGACGAUGUGGAGGGACCGUUUAGUGACACCAGUGAAAACCCCACACCGGUGAACUCUGCAAACAGCACGCCUCAGCUUACUCCCACCAAUAGCCUAAAGCGUGGAUCCCAGCACAAAAGGUGUUCAUUGGUUCUCCUUGGUUGUGGGGCUCUCCUCGCUACUGUAGGUUUAGGAUUUGACCUUAUGGAAGCAGGAAAGUGCCAGUUAGGUCAAGAGGAGCCAGAACCAAAGGAAGAGAAGAAAAAAAAGGAAAGCCUUUUUCAGCGUGCUGCCCGUCCCAGGAGAAGCACCAGCCCUCCAUCCAAAAAACUCUUUAGGAAAGAGGAGUCUCCAUCUCAUCCAGCAGAACCCACAACGUCUCUCACUCUGCAGUCUUUGUCUUCCAUAUCUGAAUGUAAUUCUACGCGUUCGUUGCUACGCUCCGAUAGUGAUGAGCUAAUAGUAUAUGAAAUGCCCACUUCUCCAGUGGAGGAACAACCGCCAGUUGUUAUUAAUCCAUUAGUCAAUGUGCACAUAGAGACAUUUAAACGGGAUCCCAACCAAUCCCUCACUCCAACCCACGUAACUAUGAAUUCUAGAGUCCAUCAGGCACACAGAAGGACUCCUUCCGAUGGAGCCAUUAAGGCAGUCUCUGUAAUUGCUAAUGGAACAUCACCUAAUAAUUGCCUAGUAAGCUGUACAGGAACAAGUAAUGUACCUUCUCCAAGUCGAGAUAUGCACGAUUUCCCACGUCUCCCGGAUCCCAACCUCAUCUUUCCUCCUACACCCCGGCGCUGGAACAUGCAGCAGGAUUCUGCUUUGGAAAGGCCUAAUACCUUAGAAUUUGUUCCAAGGCCACGUCCUUCCACUAACAGGCAAAGACUUGACUCCUGGUGGUUUGUUUCCCCCAGCAGAAACCGCGGGGAGUCUCCUGCCAACAGCUCAUGCACUGAUACUCCAAGCAAUAUGGAUUCCUGCUUUGCAAGCAGCAGUGGCAGCACAGUGGAAGAGAGACCUGCUUUCACUGGCUUCCUCCCAUUCCAGGUGACUCACCCUAUCAUUGAACGGACUCUGCUGGAUGCGGAUGUAGAAGGCCAGAGCCUGGACAGCACUAUUCCCUUAUGCAGAACCAAACCUAACACUUAUAAAACAGCAACCUGUGAACAAAAACCUGAUUUUUGGUCUUAAAGAUUGGCUUGUUCAUUGCGCUAGCCUGAGACAAGAUGCAGCCACAAAUCUUGCACUGAAUGCACUUUGAGGAUGAAAGAAAUCACUGGAAGGCUAUAUGGGAUUUAGUCAGUAUGCUGCUUGACCAGUUAAACACAGCUGUUUCAUUCCAAGACCUAGUGAGUGACCUCUCCAAGAUCCUCUAGAAACCUGCAAGAAUUCACUAGCAAAUCAUCUUUUAUAUAUAUUUUUAACCACUUUAUUGCGUUAAGGAGAAAAAAAAUCCCAAAUAUUAGCCAUUUGUCCUUCCAUAAUGUUUUUGUUCUACGCGUUAUCACUAACUUAUUUGUAUUUGCCAGUGAUGCACGCAGAAGCAGCAGCAGAUGUCAAGUUGAUUUUCAGUGCCAUUCCCUCCACUUGGCUCAAGUCUUUUCUGAUAUAUGCAAAUGGGAUUGUGGUAUUUUUCCUUCAGUAUUUUUUCUGCAUAUUCCAAAACAAGUCGCUCGCACUGGUGACUGGGUUGCCUGGUCUUGGCCAAUAAGGCCUGCACUGGCAGCCCUAAUUUUUUUUUUCCCUCUGGCAAUAUUAAUGCUAAACUUAGCUGUGCAUUCUACACUGGACCAACCCCAAAGACAAAAGAGCAUUAAAAUUAGGAAAAGGAUAUAGCUUGGAAAAACUGGACGUGACCCUGUCUGUGCGUCUGUAUUGCCACUGUCCUUAUUCUUUUCACCCUCUGUCACGCUGUCGCUUGUGUUGUCUGUUAUUCAGACUGAGGUUUUAGCAUUUUCUCUUGAAUGGCCAAGUAUUUAGCGCCAUGAAAAUACUCUUAUGUAUCUGCAUGGAUAUAUUAUAAAUUAAGUACCAAACAACCAUGUAUGGCCUCUUGGCUACACCAUGAGAAUGAUGAUUGUGACCUUCUGUGCACUGCUAUAAUAGAAGGAUAUAUUUAAAGGGUAAGUCUUCCAACUGCGGAUCCAUUAUGGACAGUGCAGUGCUGCUCGCUUUCCUCAUUUUCACAUUAUUGCUUUUAAGACAUGCCAGCAUGAAAUCUCUCCCAGCUCCUGUGGCCUCAUCUGUGUGUCUGAAUGAUUGUUCCUGUGCAAGAAGGUUGUCAUUUGUUUGUGUGUUGCCUGACCCUCUUGGAAAUCAUUUUCUAAUGAAGAAUAUUUUCCUCUUCUUUUUAAGCCUGACCUACACUUUAUAUUUGACCCAAAUUAGUGUUAUUGUGGGCAGAUUUUAAAAGGGAUGACUGACAUCAUUUUGUUUUGUGUGUAGGGCCUUCCCACAGCAUCCAACAUGCUGGGGUUGGCAGUUUAAUCAUUUAAAUCACUAUAUUUUCAGGGCUACAGCAGCCUGAGCUUCUAGGCCAAGGAGAACUGGAAGUCAGGCUGCUGCCCACUUUACUUUAUGUAAGUGCACAGCAGCCUACCCUUACUAAAGUUCUCCUUAGUGGACUUGGGCUGCUGUAGCCCUCAAAAUAAAGUGAUUUAAAUGAAUAAAAGUGCAAUUCCCAGAAUAUGCAUGUCAGCAUUCCUUAAAGGCUUUAUCUGUUGAUACAUAGUACUUGACUACUAAGAACAUGACUUGUUUGUUUAGUGUUUUUAUUUAUAUGUAUAUUAGAGGAUUAUUAUCCCCAUGUGGAUCUGGUACUGUAUGUGUCCAGUAGCCCUGUAUCAUUCCACCACAGUAUAACAGCAGGUCAGUGUUAGACUAUUCACAAGGGUCACUGAAUACUGUGGAUGGUGAGUCAACACAUGUUUUAUGUAUUGGUUUACGGUAUGGUCAUUUGUCCCAAUAGCCAAUCAUCUGCCUUGAAUUUCUGCUAUGCAAAUCUGACUUUAACCAGUAUGCAGUGGGGGUGGGGGUGGGGUUGACUUUUUGUGAAACACACCCUAAAACAGACCAAACCCCAGAAGUGUCAUGCCAUGUAACCAAUAUGUAGUGUUUACAGUGCAAGUAAUGGAAGCCAAACCUUAGAAUACAUUUGCCAAAAUCUCAUCUGAGUGUUUAUAACAAUAGGUGUUACAGUGUCUCUACCUAGAAAUGAUUAGAAAUGUCUUUUUUUACUUCUGACACACACUCCUUACUGUAUUUCUGUACAUAACUGUGCAGGAGCUAUCUACCCCCCCCCCCCCCCACCACCACCCACCACCACCACAGCCUGUAUUCUGUAUUAUAUGCCUUAUGUUUAGCUAAAUAUUUGCAGAUGCCUUGUGUGCGUGUGUUUGUGCGCUCAGGGUUUGAAUGUAAAAGCAUCUCCUCGUGCUUCUGUGCAAACUUGUAACAGAGAUUCCAUGCUUUAGGAUGCCCCUGUUAAUUAUGUGUCUCCGUUGCUUGUACCUCUCCCUACAAGCUGGCAUGCCACUGUGGCACUCCUUGAAUCUCUCAUGGGAAUGGGCUUGGAUCUAGCCACACACACAAGAUAAAUGGCUUUCUAUGAACAUUUUAAAGGAGAACCUACAGCUUAGACAGGUGCUAACCUUCUUGUUGACAAUUUGUAGGCACUACUUUAAAUAUAAAUUCUCACCAGUGGCCAGUAAUACAUUACCAUUUUAGGUGUCUAGUAUUAAAUGAAUUAUAUUGUACCCCAGCUAUUAAGGAUAUUCUUUUGAAUAGAAUUCUGUAAUGUAACAAACCGAGGUGGGCUGAACUGCAAACCAUUUGAGAUAGAGGUGGGUUUUAUAGGGUUAAACCAAAAGCCAGCUCUUGUGUCAUAGAAUUGGACCUUGCAAUUCUAUUUUUUCUAGUAGAAGUAAUGUUGCACAAGUAAUGGCUGCUCAGUUGGACAUGAUACAAAGUCUAUGUAGUGCCUGUAUGUAGGGACAGGUGAGCUACGAUACUUAUCCACAAGCAACAUUGGACUGACUUUUGAGAUAUUAAACCAAUCGUCCUACACUCACAGACAAAUUAGCACACAUAUAGUUGGUUACUGAUGUAUGGCCUAAUACAGCUGACUGGCUCCUGAAUCUGAUUGAUCAAUUUAUCUGGAUGGCAUGUAGUUCAGGGUUGGUGGAUCAUCCCAUACAUGUUCCUGUAGGGGUCAGUGGUGUUUGCGUGUGCCCAUCUUAAA